AUGCUUGGUAAAGAGCUGCUCGGGAAGUCCUUCGGGGGCCUCUUGGUUUCUCUCUUGGUUGCUUGCCCGUCUCUUAUUGAGGCAACCCCGGUGCGGGUGCCGCGUCAUGCGACAGUGGUAGACAGCCUGUCUGCCGCCGCGUCCAACUACACCUUUGUCAUUGCCGGUGGCGGUAUCGCAGGACUUACACUCGCUGAUCGGCUGACAGAAGAUCCUAAUGUGUCCGUUCUUGUCAUUGACGCCGGCCCUCUGGACCAAGGAGAAGAUGGCGUUUUGGUUCCCGGUUCAUAUUCUCCUUGGCUGUACUUCUGGCCUAAUCUGGUAACAACACCCCAAGAGGGCCUCAACAACCGCUCCGUCUUUACACCCAUUGCCCAGGUGGUCGGUGGUGGUAGCACCAUCAAUGCCAUGGUCUUUGUGAGAGGCAAAGCCGACGAUUACAACAAAUGGGGAGCCAUUGGUAACCCGGGGUUGAGCUGGAAUACGUUUCUGCAUUUCUUCCUUAAAAACGAGAACUUUACCCGUCCCGACCCUAGCUUUGCUAAGGCAGCCAAUAUCUCAUGGGAUGAGUCCGUCCGAGGCAACGGCGGACCUGUGCAGUACACAUAUCCUAACUACUACUACCCUGGAAGCGGCAAGAUCAUAAUAGCAAACUGGUGGAGUGCUGCCCAGUCUGUAGGGCUUCCUGCUAUCAAGGACCCCAACGGUGGUGACGACCUUGGUAUCUAUUGGUUUCCCCAUGCUGUGGAUGCUCGCACUAGGACCCGGAGUCACUCCAGGAGAAACCAUUAUGACCGGGUCAAGGACUCGCGACCUAAAUACCAUAUCCUCCCAUCCAACAUGGUAUCCAAGGUCAUCUUCCGCGGCACCACGGCAGUUGGUGUUGAGUAUUUGCCCACGGCUGGCGGAAAGGCCUCAACCGCCUACGCCGCCAAGGAGGUCAUCUUGGCUGCCGGUGCCCUCAACACGCCCAAGAUCCUCCAACUGUCCGGCGUUGGCUCCAAGAAGCUUCUCCAGAAGCACAAGAUCCCCGUCGUCGUUGACCUCCCCGGCGUUGGAUCCAACUUGCAGAACCAGUUGACCCUCAGGGUCCCCUAUACCGCAAGCAGCAACCUCUUUCCCAACUCUGGCUCUAUUGCCAACAACGCCACCUACGCUGCCGAGCAACGCGCGCUCUAUGAUACAAAGAAGCAGGGUGCCUACACCAUCGUGAGCACGCUCAGCACCAACAUUGCCAUGAUGAGCCUCUCGCAAACGACCUCCUCGUACAAGAAGAUUGUCUCGAAUGCCCGCGCCGCUAGCGCUCCCUAUUCGCUCUCCACGGAGGUAGAUGCGACCGUUCUGGCCGGUUACACUGCCCAACGAAAGCUCAUUCUGGAGCAGUACGAGUCUGGAAAGGCCGGUAUCGGCUCGCUGCACUGGAACACGGCCGAUGGUGUGACCAUUUAUAUGAACAAGCCUCUCAGCGGCGGCGCCGUGACUAUUAACUCGACUAACCCCCUCGAGAAUCCGCUGGUGAACUACCGUGCCGUUACCGACCCAGCUGACAUUGAGGUCCUCACUGCGCUGUUCCGCAAGAACAGAGAGCUGAUGAGUGCUCCAGACAUGGCAGCACUGGGGGUUGCUGAGGCGGCACCCUUUGGCGAGCACAUCACUGCGGAUAGUGAGCUAGCCUCGGCCUUCCGUGGAGCUAUCGACCCCUCGAACGCCCAUCAGUGCUGCACGGCGGCUAUGAUGCCCCGCGCGCUUGGUGGUGUCGUCUCCAGCGAAAAGAAGGUGUAUGGAGUGAGGGGUUUGAGGGUGGCCGAUAUCAGCUAUUGGCCGUUUCAGAUUUCGGGUGCUCCGACCGCGACUAUGUAUGCCUCUGGCGAAAGGCUUGCUGAUGCAAUCAAGGAGUAUAAGCUGGCAGAGCACAAGCGGUAA